UUCCUACAGAUUUGCUGGUUGCACGUGCAUGAUGCAAAUCUUUGAUUUAGAGCAUGUUCAAGAAACCAGUUUGAGAUUAUCUGAGUUUUGUAGCACUGUGUGUUACCCUGCUGGAAGCUCUCAUUAGAACAGAAUGGGGGAACUCGGUGUCCUGCAGGUUUUAGAUGUCUCCUUGAACUAAAUGAUUCAAAAUUACCUCAUCAACAUGUCUUGAAGUUCUACAGAGGUAAUGAACUAAUCAUUUGAUUUGGAUGUGUUGACCUAGAGUGAUAUCUAAAACUUGCAGGACGGGCCUUGAGGCCUGGAGUUCCCCACCCCCUGCAUUGUUCCCCCCCAUCCCUCAACUCUUUUUCCUGUGAACACUUUCCUGACGAGCUACACACAUCUAAUGUUUUUUACCCAUGUGAAAAAUAAAUAAAUAUAUUCAUACACUGCAUGAAUAUAUGUUAAAAUCUCAAGUGACACAAAAAGAAUAAUACACUACGUGAGGCUAUCACAUCACUAUUGCAUUACCAAUGCUGGCAUCAGCUUUAAUCUAGCCCUUGGCCUUUGGGGGGAGUUGUGCUUUCACUAAAAUCUUUUUUAAACAAUAUGUGUUUGAUAUGUUAUUAAAACAAAAAAAUAUGCCUGAUUAUUUCCUUUGAUGGUUUCUAUCGGUCAUGAUUUAAUCGGGCGCAUCGCAGCAAAACACUUCUGACAGUCGUGCCAGCAAAGCCAGAGGGAUCCUCACCCCUGACACCAACACUGAACCUGGGGGGGAGCGAGAGAGGGAGGAGUCAAAGGUUGUGGUGAAAUAAAAAAGAGGAUUAUAUCUGAGAGUGUUUAUGCACAAAAUGUUCUAAAUAUAAAUGUUUUUUAUUGUUAAUGGAACGUAUUGUGUGUGCGUUUCUAGGGCCUGCAAAUGGAAAUAAAAGAGUGAAAUUGAAAAAAAAACAACUGUUUUUCUGUGAAAAACGAAUAGUUUAAUAUGUUAAGGAAAUAUUUUUUCUCCUCUUUUGGCAGUUUCGAUUUAUGAAGUAGACUGAUGAAAGACAGUAUUAUGGCCACAGGAAUAAAGAGCUAAACCAGCCCCGACUCUCAGGUGAUUGAGGUUGUAGAUAGAUUAAAAUCUGUGAGCAUUUGGGAGGUUUUGUAGGUUGUAGGAGAGAAAACUAUGAGGAGAGCACUGGAAGAACCUGAGGGAAGAAAAUAACUGUUUGUUGGGGGGUGGGGAGGUCGAAGGGUUUAUAAACAUCAUGGACACGAGUUCAUCUCUACAGUAGAGACGAAUCACACUCCUGCCACUCUUCUCUGUGUUAACAUCUGAAUUAUCCACAAAUCUCUAAAUCUACUUUUACUUUAGGUUUCUAUUCCCUCCUUACAGUCAAGGACAGACAGAUGCCCGGCAUAGAGGUAAGUAUUCAUUCUAGUGAUUAUUGUUAUUAUUGGAUUUUUAAUUGAAUUAUAUCAAAUUAUAACCUGGGUGUAUUACCGGCUCUUUGGUCCUUAUUUGGGGACUCAAAACUGUUGUAUGGUAAAGUCAUUGUCAUAAAUAGUCAUAUUGAUGUCACAUAAAUACAAGGUAAUUUCUACAAAACUUAUUAAUAUAACUUAAUUUUAUUGUAAAGUAAAUUACAAAAAUGUUUUUUAUGUUUUAAAUGGUAAAUUUCAUCAUAGUCCUCUUUUAAAAUUAAGAUUUUCAUGUACAAAUGAUAACUGUUUGGUAAAUAAAGAUAUUCAUGGCAGCUCAAUGUCUUUUGUAUCAAAUAUAAAUGUAACUAAAAUAACAAUAAAACAGUUUUAACAGACAAAAGUAAACAGAGUAAAAGUGUCAGUCAAAUGUAAGUGCUUAUAAAUCUUUGAUUACCUUUUCGUGUUGACAGUUACAUAUUAAUGAUAGAGCAAUAACUAGUAAAUGAUUAUUUGUAAUAUAUAAUGUAAUGCAUACUAAGAUGAUAAUGAAAUGUAUAUAUUAUUCAUUCUGACUGCCUCAGUCACUGUAAACUGUUUGGAUUAUUGAUCUCAUUUCAGGAGAUGCGACUAAAUCCAAACUCUGCAGGGCUGAGCUGUGGCGGUAAAAAUCAAUGAACAUAAAUAAAAAUAAGCCCACCAAAAAAGACAACAUUCUGACAACAUUUGAAAGUGAUUUGUUUCCUUCUUCUGUUUCAGUUAAACCACAGGCGUACGAUUGGUGGCCAGCUGAGCAGCAGCAGUAUCUCAAUCCGACCAGCAGGGGGCAAAAUAACAUGCCACAGACUCAAAGCACUGCUGCUGAUACUACCGUCCAUCCUCUCGUUCCUCUCCUCCUCUACAGCGACAGACACUUCCCCUCUUCCUCUCUGUACAGCCAGCCAGUCAGCGCUGCUGCUGCCCAGCAGGUCUCCGCCCAGUCCGGGCAGCACACCUGUUACCACAGCAACAGUGCCUUCAGCAGGCAGCCUGUGAAGAAGCCUCUGAACGCCUUCAUGCUCUACAUGAAGGAGAUGAGACACAAAGUGCUGCAGGAAGGCCAGGAGAGAGAGAGCGCCGCCAUCAACCGCAUCCUGGGCCGCAGGUGGCACGCUCUGUCCCACUCCGAGCAGUCCAAAUAUUACGACCUGGCGCAGAAAGAGAGACUCCUCCACAUGCAGCUCUACCCUGGAUGGUCUGCUCGGGACAAUUACGGUAAAAGGAAGAGGAGGCAGAGCCAGCAGAUAUCAGGAAGCACUUCCAGCUGGACUCUUAAUGCUGGAUGAGAGCUCUGAAGGGACAGGGGUGGGGGGUGGGGGAGGAAUAAUCACACAAUGACAAACAACUACAAUGUAAUAAAAUGACAUGCGUGACUUUUCUGUCUGCGUGUUUGUUUCUUUGGCUGUGAACUCCUCCUACACGAUGAGGAGUGGCGCACAGGUAUAUCUUAGGUUAAUCAUCAUAGCACCUAAACUAAAUGUAGUUUACCAGUAUGUCAACAGCACGAACAGACCAAACAACACUACUAUGGGCACGUAGCAGUAACGUCAUUGUGUAUGUAGGCUUAUUGGUGCCCCCAAAAUAGUCAAAAUUAAAAUAAAUCCUCGGAUUUUUUUAAAUUUUUUUUUAAAAUUGAAACCCACUGAGAAAAUGACUUGAAUCCUUAUGAAACGACUGCUCAACUUAUUUAGUUUUUAUCUCUGCUUAAACUGUUAAGUAGUUUAAUUUUUAUCCCAAAAAGUGGACGUAGUGUUUUCAGUGAGAGAAACGUUUCGUCAGGAAUAAACUUUGAGAUUUCCUUAUGUGGAUGAUUGAACAUUCAUCAAUACACUUCUAUUUCUAUUUUCCAAUCAUAAAUCUUUAUCUUAAGUUAUGACCGUAACACGCUAAACAAUGUCACUAAACCAAACAACCUCUGCAAUCUUUUCCUGAAAGAUUUAUGAAUUUACAGCUGAUAACUGCCUAGUUCGCAUAUUAUUAAGUUUUUAUUUUAACUUAAAAGCCAUGAUGGUCAGAACAAUUAACACUGAUAUCACAACACAACAACUCAGUUCUUCCUGAUACUGCAAUGCUGGUUUUCUGACUUACAGAGAAUAAAAGUGAGCAAAUAAGAAAAUAAAACCAAACUUUUUAGAAAAAGUCCUGAGCCAAACCUGGAUGAAAACAUGAUAAAAAUUGAAAUGACAAGCAUUCACAUUGAAUUUCCUUUCACAUUUUUGACAUGUCUGAGGCUUCUUUUGUUCAGUUUUGCAGCAUUUUAACAAGUAACCUACAGUUUAUUUAAGGUGACAACAUCUGGCUGUUGUUGUCGUCAGUGUGACGAUAAGAAUAAAUACAGCUCACAAGCAGUGAAUGAUUCUGAAAGUUGGCUUUUAAGGACUUUUAAGGACGUGGGCCUUAAAGAGACAGGAGCUUUUUUUUCUUUCCUCCAGAGAGAUGAAGAACACGGACGCUACCUCAUGUC